CGGGCGUUAGGUCUGUCUCCCUCACCCUCCUCGAGUCGGAAACAAAGGAGGGGGGUGGGGGAGCGCACCAUCCCCGGCUCCGCGAUUCGCCCUUUAUUCUGAACUCGCAACGUCAGCGGGCCGUGGAUGGAGGCGCGGGGCGCGGGCCGGGAGGCGGCGGCGGGGGCGCGCGGGGGCCCGGGCCGCGUGGGCGCCGGCAUGGAGGGCGCCGGGGGGCGGGGAGCGGGCGUGCGUGCGAGUGCGAGAGCGAGUGCGAGUGCGAGAGCGAGUGCGAGAGCGAGGGAGGCCGGCCUUUAGUGUAACCGGAGCUACAAAGAAGGGGAGAGUCCGGGCGCGGGAGGGCGGAGCGGCGGCGGCGGCGGCGGCGGCGGGGGCAGCUCCGCCGGCCGGGCCCCUUCCCCGCGCCCGCGCCCCCGGGAACGAUGAAGAAGAACCAUCCCACCAAGAGGGGGCUUCAGGAUGGCAGCCACCAGUGCGCGCCGCCGGAGAAGGUCGGCUGGGUCCGGAAAUUCUGCGGGAAAGGGAUUUUCAGGGAGAUCUGGAAAAACCGUUAUGUGGUGCUGAAGGGGGACCAGCUGUACAUCUCGGAGAAGGAGGUAAAAGAUGAGAAAAAUAUUCAAGAGGUGUUUGACCUGAGUGACUAUGAGAAGUGUGAAGAGCUCCGGAAAUCCAAAAGCAGGAGCAAGAAAAAUCAUAGCAAGUUUACUCUUGCCCACUCCAAACAGCCCGGCAACACGGCUCCCAACCUGAUCUUCCUAGCAGUGAGUCCAGAAGAGAAGGAAUCAUGGAUCAGUGCCCUCAACUCUGCUAUCACCCGAGCCAAGAACCGCAUCUUGGAUGAGGUCACCGUGGAGGAGGAUAGUUAUCUCGCCCACCCCACUCGAGACAGGGCAAAAAUCCAACACUCCCGCCGCCCCCCAACUCGAGGACACCUGAUGGCUGUGGCCUCCACCUCUACCUCGGAUGGGAUGCUGACCUUGGACUUGAUCCAGGAGGAGGAGCCUUCCCCUGAGGAGCGCACCUCCUGCGCCGACAGCUUCAGGGUGGACCUGGACAAGUCAGCGGCCCAGCUAGCAGGCAGCCGGCGGAGAGCAGACUCGGACCACGUCCAGCCCUCCUCGGAGCGGGCCGGCGGCCUUCCCCGGUCUUGGGAGAAGCCGGACAAAGGGGCCACCUAUACCCCUCAGGCACCCAAGAAGCUGACCCCUACAGAGAAAGGCCGCUGUGCCUCCCUGGAGGAGAUCCUGUCCCGGCGGGACGCUGUCCCCCCCUGCACCCUCCCGCUGCAGCCCGAGGACCCCCCCACCCUCCUCCCGCCCCACCCGGCCCAGCUGUCCCGGAUCCAGGACCUGGUAGCCAGGAAACUGGAAAAGACUCAGGAGCUGCUGGCAGAGGUUCAGGGCCUGGGAGACGGGAAGCGGAAGGCCAAGGACCCCCCUUGGUCUCCCCCUGAUUCCGAGUCAGAACAGCUGCUGCUAGAGACAGAGCGGCUGCUGGGAGAGGCGUCGUCGAACUGGAGCCAGGCGAAGAGGGUGCUGCAGGAGGUCCGGGAGCUGAGGGACCUGUACAGACAGAUGGACCUGCACAGCCCUGACUCCCACCUCAGACCAGCUGCUCAGCACAGUCAGUACCGCAAGAGCCUCAUGUGAAGGAAGGGGCUGGCAUCUGGAACUCGGGGGGCUCGGACUUUUACCUCCAAGUGUCGCAGGAUAAAGCUUUUUUAUUUACCUCAGUCAAAAAAAGGAAAAACACACAA